AUGAGUAGAAGACUGUCAGUAGCAAGUAAUUUGCCAGAAAAUGAAGCGGAUGACUUCACCCCUCAACAAUAUGAAGCAGAUGUCAAUUCUGAUGCUCAAUCUGAAUUAUCUCAAAUUAAUUCAAGAGUCAGUGCUACUAAUUCAUUCAAAGAAUUAAGAAUAACCAGAACUGAAACUGCUAAAGAUUUACAAAAUUUUGGUAUUUCUCGUGAUGUACCCGUCCCUUAUCUUAAUAGUCCUCCUGUCGAAGAUCCAAUAUUCCCUGAAGAAUAUACUUUAGAAACUAAUACUGGUUUAGUGCAAGUUCAAACUUUACAAGAACUUGGUAGAGUGAAAUCCAAUAUAACAAGACUAAAUAAAUAUGAUCAAUUUGAUCCUGAAAUUGAAUUCGUCACUUAUGUCAUUGAUGAUCCUGAAAAUCCUCAUAAUUGGAGUAUGGCUUGGAAAUGGACUUAUACUAUUAUAUUGUCUUUAUUCGUCAUUUCAGCUGCUUAUGGUUCAUCAUGUUUAGCAACUGGUUUACCUACUGUUACUGCUAAAUACAAUGUUUCAACUGAAGUUGCUACUUUAUCAGUAUCAUUAAUGGUAUUAGGUUUCAGUAUUGGUCCAUUAAUUUGGGCUCCAUUAUCUGAGCAAAUUGGUAGAAGACCAGUUUAUUUCAUCUCAUUUGGAUUAUAUGUUGUUUUCAAUAUUCCAUGUGCUUUAGGUAAGAAUAUCGAAACUUUAUUAAUUUGUCGUUUCUUAUGUGGGGUAUUUUCUAGUUCUGCUUUAACCAAUGUUGGUGCUAGUUUAGUUGAUAUCCAUAAUGAAACAAGAUCAUUAGCUAUUGCAUUCUUUUCAUUUGCUCCAUAUUCUGGUCCAGUAUUAGGUGGUAUUGUUAAUGGUUUCAUUAGUGUUAGUACUCAUAGAUUUGAUCUUAUUAUUUGGGUUAAUAUGGCAUUUGCCGGUGUAAUGUGGAUUAUAGUUGCUAUGAUUCCUGAAACUUAUUCACCAGUCAUUUUAAAAAGAAGAGCAAAGAAAUUAAGACAACAAACUGGUAAUGAGAAGAUUAUGACUGAACAAGAAGCUACUCCGUUAUCAUUUAAAGAAUUAGUUAAUGAUUGUUUGAUUAGACCCUUAAAAUUCAUUGUUGAAGAACCAGUUUUAGUUUUAAUUUGUGGAUUUGUGGCCCUUAUCUAUGCUAUGCUUUAUGCUUUCUUUUUCGCUUAUCCAGUUAUUUUCAAUACAUUAUAUGGAUUUGAAGAUAAUAAAAUCGGUUUAAUGUUUAUUCCUAUUUUAAUUGGUGCUGGUUUAGCCUUAACUACCACUCCAAUUCUUGAAAAGAGAUAUAUGGCCAUGUGCAAGAGAAGAACUCCAGUUCCAGAAGAUAGAUUAAUUGGAGCUAUGCUUGGAUCUCCAUUCCCAUGUAUUGCUUUAUUCAUAUUAGGUGCUACUUCUUAUAAACAUAUUAUUUGGGUUGGACCCGCCUCUUCUGGUAUUGCAUUUGGUUAUGGUAUGGUGUUAAUUUAUUAUUCAUUAAAUAAUUAUAUCAUUGAUACUUAUGCCAAGUAUGCUGCUUCAGCAUUAGCUACUAAAGUAUUCUUAAGAAGUGCUGGUGGUGCUGCAUUCCCAUUAUUCAUUACUCAAAUGUAUCAUAGAUUAGGUUUACAAUGGGCCAGUUGGUUAUUAGCAUUCAUUUGUUUGGCUAUGAUUUUGAUUCCUUAUACAUUCUAUAUCUUUGGUAAGACCCUUAGAGCAAAGAUGUGUAAAGAAGAUUACUCUGCUGUUCAUUUUUAG